AUGGCUUCCCACCCGUCGCCGCCGCCGGCACACCCCAUACCACCCGCUCCCACCACUAUAAGUGACCUCGACGACUACCUGCUCCGAGAGAUCUUCCUCCGCCUCCCGAACUUCCCCAGCCUCGCCUCUGCCGCCCUCACCUGCUCCGGCUUCCUCGGCGCCGUCCGUUCGUCCCGCGCCUUCCGCCGCCGCUUCCGCGCGCUCCACGCACCCCCGCUCCUCCCUCGCUUCUUCGCAUACACAAUAAUGGCCUUCCCCACCUCACGACGGCCCUUCGCCGGAUUCACCCACCUCGUAGACGACGACGAUUCUGACUGGCGGGUCGAUUUCUCCAAUCCUUUGGCCUACAAUGGCGGCUGCAUGGCCAUUAAACACCCGAUCAUCAAGCAGGGAGUUUGGUACAACCCCCAAACGAUGGCUCUGUUUCUCCGCCCCAAGGAGCACCAUGACAUGCCCGCCGGCACCUCCCUUGGGUUCCACACAUUCUGCUCCCAAGAGGAUCAGAGGCCGUCCCAUGUGGUAUGUGUCCGUCAAGACUACUCAUGGGAUAGGCUACGCAUCGCUGUCUUCUCAUCGGACACCAUGGAGUGGCAGAUUUUUCCGGAGAUUGCGACGCUGCUGCCUCAGGGCUUCAGGUGCACAGCCUGCACCGUGCUAGAUGGGUUUAUCUGUUGGCAAACCGAGUCCAUCAUGGGGGUGUAUGUCAGCGAGUACAUUUUCGUGCUCAAAACAGAUACAUUUCAGUUCUCUCGAAUGGAUCUGCCGCCGCCCUUGAGAGUGGUACACCAAAAAUUUAAGAUUGGUCAGACCACUGAUGGAAAGCUCUGUAUCGUAGAUGAGAAGGAAUGCACACUUUCUGUUUGGAUCUUGACAGCGGACGAUGAUGGCGUUGACAGAUUUGUGCUGCACAAGAUGUUCCCGUUGCACUCUAGCUUUAUGGAGGUCACCAGCUGCUCAGUGGAAGAUACAAUCUCAGUGCGGCUUAUGACGGUUUUCAAUGGUUUUGUGUACUUUGAUCAGUUCAAAUCCCCUGAGUGGUUCUUGUCCUUGUCUCUGGAAACAGCAGAGCUGAAGCAGCAUCUGAAGAAUAGAAAGCGACCUAGCUUCCACGUCCAUCCCUACUCGGCCUGGCCUCCUUCUAUGGAAUACAUCUCGGUAAGCAAUGUGACCAUGGUGCUAAGGAUUCUCUUCCUUUUUAUGUUUGGUCCAUAA